AUGGCAACAAAGCUGUAUCAGUCCUCCCCAACGCCAACUCGACCAGAAAGUGCAACUGGGAUCAUAAAUGGGACAAAGGCUGGUGUGGGGGACGCCCGGAUAGUGGUGAUUAUAUACGGGCCAGGACAAGAGAAGAUUGUAGAAGUUUUCGCGGAAGUACUUGGAAAACCAUACCGGCUGGCAUCGACAUUUUCGUCAGUAGGAACCGAGGACCAUGGAACGGUGAUAGGAAUCGCAUCGGGGGAUGCAAAGGGGGACAUUCUGUCAAGAGAUCGCCAGCUAGUUGUAGCUAUCAACGCUCAUUGUGUGGCAUUGGGAAUGCCUCCAGACCUCGACCUGUCAGCCAGCGCGGAUUACGAGUUCUUAUAUACCGAGCGACCAUUUUCCCGGAGAGAUCUAUCACGUUUCAUUGCGUUUACGCUUGGCCAAAUAUCUCCCCACGAAGCGCUGAUAGCGAAACCGAGAACGUAUUUUAUAUCAACCACAUUUCCUGACGUGCGGACUGCCCUGUCAAAUCUUGACAUUCUUUCCGUCGGCUCCGAUGCGGUCGAGAUUCGUGUAGAUUUACUGAGGGAGACCUUACCCGAUGGAACGUUCAGUGCGGUUCCAAGUCUGAGUUAUGUCGGCGAGCAAGUGAUGCUACUACGUCAACGGACAGAACUACCCAUCAUCUUUACCACGAGGUGUACCCGAGAAAAUGGACGCUUUCCGAUGGAUAACCCCGAUUUGUAUUACCAGUACUUGUAUAGAGCGAUACAAUGGGGUUGUGAAUAUGUGGAUGUGGAGAUAUGGCUUCCAGAACACAUUCGUCGGCGUUUGUAUGAACAGAGAGGCAGUAGUCGAAUCAUUUCCGCAUUUCACGAUUUUUCCGGUAACUUCAAAUGGCCCUCAAUUCAAGCUCAAGAUAUAUUCCAAGAGUCGCGGAAGUAUGGGGAUAUCGUUAAGAUGAUCACCACCAUCAGUAGCGUGUCUGAAAAUUAUGAGUUGGAAUACUUUAGGUCACAGAUAAAAGCGAACAACCCCGACGGUCCACCUUUAUCGGCUGUCAAUAUGGGUCAACUUGGACAGAUGUCACGAGCUUUCAAUACUGUCUUCUCACCUAUCACACAUCCAUUACUGCCUAUCGUGGCAGCUCCAGGUCAACUUUCUGCAGCCGAAAUUAACAGAGCACUGAGUACCAUGGGACAGCUUCCCAAGAAGAACAUAUACGCAAUCGGAUCAUUUCGAGCCACGCCUCAAGCUGCUUUCUUCGAGAAAUGCUUCAACGAGCUUGGAUUACCCCACAACUUUGCUACGGUUGAUCGUGGAACGAAAGGAUCGGUCGAAUCGUUUUGUCUCCAGGCAGAUUUUGGCGGCGCAUAUCUGAGCCCUCCCCUCUCGGCUAACCUACCAUUUAUUCCCAUUUUGUCAGACGCGGCCAAAACCAUCAACGCAGUAGACACGAUCGUUGUACGAGGUGAAGGAGCCGCGACUACAUUUAUGGGCGACAACGCCAUGUGGAAAGGUAUUCGUGCGACUCUCACCCGAGACUUCGCACCGUCAGCCUACAAAGGUCGAGCAGCCAUUAUCCUCUCUGCAUCAGGCGAAGACGCUGCCUCAGCUAUCUUCGCCCUAAAAUCUCUCAACGUCGGGAAAAUAUAUACGGUCGGCUUCAAGGCCCGCGGCCCUCUCGCCGCCGAUGUCGAGCCAUUCACUUCCAUCGAAAGCGUCCAGCGCGUCAACCACCCCUUUGCAAUUAUCUCCUGCUUACCACCCAUGAAAUCCCAUCUCGUGCAACCUCUCCUCCGACAUUUCUCUACCAAUGGUCGCGCAACACCCGGCGGCACUUUGCGCAACGGCGGUAGGGGCAAGGUCUUUGUCGAUCUGGCUAAUGGACCGCGCUCGACGGAUCCGUUGGCUGUCGCGGAGAAGAACGGGUGGACUUCGUAUGGGGUUGCGGAUGCGAGUGCGUUUACGACGGUGGAAACUUUAAGGUUACUUGUUGGCCAGAAUGUUCCGUAUAGCUUUGUGAGGUUGGCUAGUGGGAGGGGUCUCUAUUAG